GUUCCCGAUGAUAGUAAAGCUGGACCGGUGAACUCUAAUCGGACUACAAUUGACGAAAGUCAAAAGCUUCCGGCAAAUCUGACCAUCCCUUCUCUACCAAAGCCCGUUCCGGUUGAAAAAAAUGUGACCGAGAAGGGAGAGAAGGUAAUUGUCGAGAAGAAACACAACAACGGGACAGGUUCUAGUGAGGAUAUGCUGAAAUCGUUGUUGAAUUGCGAUUUCUUUGAUGGGAAUUGGGUUAAGGACGAAUCUUACCCUCUGUACAAGCCUGGCUCUUGUUCUCUCAUUGAUGAGCAAUUCAACUGCUUUAUCAAUGGAAGACCCGAUCAAGAGUACCCUAAAUAUAGAUGGAAACCUAAAGCUUGUACCAUCCCAAGAUUGAAUGCCACUCAUAUGUUGGAGAUGUUGAGAGGGAAGAGAAUAGUGUUUGUCGGCGAUUCUCUGAACAGGAAUAUGUGGGAAUCUCUUGUUUGCAUUCUCAGAAACUCUGUCAAGAAUCAGACUAAAGUUUACGAAGAAUCUGGCAAACAAUAUUUUCGUGGAGAAGCUUCGUACUCUUUUGUGUUUGAAGAGUAUGAGUUCAAAUUGGAAUUCUUUGUAUCUCCAUUCUUGGUUCAAGAAUGGGAAAUACCUGAUGGAAAUGGAAAGAAGAAGGAAACACUCCGUCUUGAUUUAGUUGGGCAUUCUGCUAAUAAAUAUGAAAAUGCAGACAUCAUAGUUUUCAACACUGGCCACUGGUGGACACACGAGAAGACUUCUAAAGGGGAGGAUUAUUACCAAGAAGGUAGUCAUGUGUACCAUGAACUAAAUGUUCUCGAGGCUUUCCGAAAGGCUUUAACUACGUGGGCAAGAUGGGUGGAUGCCCAUAUAAAUCCUGCAAAAACAUUUGUUCUCUUCAGAGGUUAUUCUGCAUCUCAUUUCAGCGGUGGGCAGUGGAAUUCUGGUGGGGCAUGUGACCAUGAAGCUGAACCAAUAAAGAACGAGACGUACCUAACGGCAUACCCACCCAAGAUGGAAGUGUUGGAGAGAGUACUGAAGGGUAUGAAGACUCAAGUCUCUUACCUUAAUGUCACAAGAAUGACAGAUUUCCGGAAGGAUGGCCAUCCAUCAAUGUACAGGAAACAACAUUUGUCCGACGAGGAGCGGAAAUCUCCAAUGUUGUACCAAGAUUGCAGCCAUUGGUGCUUGCCAGGGGUGCCUGACAUCUGGAAUGAAAUCCUUUAUGCAAAAAUUCUGGUCAACCAAUACCAGAAGCAACACCAAACAAAGCCUUAGGUAAAUUUCAUGACAUGAAACACGCCAGAGGUUUUUAUUGUUUAUACAUACCUAAACCUUUACAGAAGGAAAAAAGUGCAUUAGAUUAAAUCCCUUAUUGGAUAAAAUUAUUUACUAGUUUCCAGUCCAUGCACAGGAAUGAUAGAAGAAAAAACAACCAGAGUAAAAUCCAAGAUGAGUACUUUCAUAUCAUAACUUAUUCUUCGGGGUCUAUUUUGAGUUCCAAAUUGAGAAAUACUGAAGUGUUCAAGGAACACCCAACACUCAAUGUGUCAUCCAUUUUAGCAUUUAGAAUUGCUGUUUGUGCAUUUUAAGGGGCGCCUAUAUAUAAGGUGGGAUCCACUCAAAAAAGCUAAUGGUCCACUAAAUAGACAACUGUCAAUGCUUGAGUGGGUUGAUUCGAUCAAUAGAUUAUGAUAUGGGGUACUGGAUUUGUAAUUUUUAUUUCACAUCUCUGGUGUGAAUGUUGUAAAUUCUUCUUCCUAUUGUAAGUGUAAUACUUUGAUUAUAAUGCUUAUGAACAGUGAAAACAAUGACAUGCUACCAUAUGUAUUGCAUCAUCUUUGUGCAUUUCUGGAUCGUUCUGUUGAAUACACCAAGCAUAGGCAUUGUCUCAAUUCAUGUUUGUUCAAUUAUUAGUUGACUUUA